AUGGUAUUACCAGAUUCCUAUGCCAAAGCUGGUCGCCGUCCGUCACAAUCAGUUCGUAACGACUUUUACUACGGGGGCCUCAAUGUAUCUUUCAAAACAAAAUCAGAGGAAAUCGAUUUAAGUUUUUCAAAUACUAAUUUGUCGGAGCGAAAUCCCGAAUUCCGUAAGUAUUUUACACUUAUCCUCAGUUUGUCACCAGGACAAACGCUGGAAUUUAGGCCAUUUUGUGGACUGUCAAUUUUAAGCCAGUUAACGGACUGGGAAGAUUUCCUCGGAACAUUCAAGGUGGCAAGUGACCGACACCAUUUGGUCCACGAGGUCAGCUAUCGUCUUAAAGGCCCACGAUUAACCUCGUCAUUUCGAAAUCCAUCCUAUAAAAUUGGUACGAAGACUACAUACCGUUCUGACUCACUUGUUGGUGAGUGUGGUCUCACGUUCCAUUCAUUAUGGCCUCGUGUCUACGCAGCCACCCUCCUCGGGUAAAUCAUUCAUUUCCAUUGUAACUGGUAGACAUGGGGAUUUUUUUGUAGGGUCUAAGCUGUCAUUUAAUACCAGACAACCAUUCCAUUACAAAUAUGGUGUCAAAUUUGGCUACUUGACCGAACAAGUGGAGCUUUACGGAGGCUACUCAAGUAUACGUGGCCUUUCCUUUGGAAUCAUCUCAUCGAGAGGGCCAUUUCAAUGUAUUUUAUAUUCCGACUGGUGCAAGAUUGCAGAGAGCAUGUGUUCUUCACUGGCCAUCAAGUACUGGAUCACAGAUGGAUGUUUCAUCAAGGCAUCUCUAAAUGAUCAUCUGAUCUUGGGUGGCAGCAUUGGCUUGAGAUUAUCCCCUGGUAUGUUGAGCUUACUUCCGCCGAAGACAAAACAAGUAAUUUAAGAGUUUUGACGACUGCCCGACCACGUCGUCUGGCUUUUUUAUCGACACGAGUGCCGAGCACAUCAGAAAGCCUAUGGAACUUUUUGUGGUUGCAAAUUACGCGUCAGCCGUUUUUCCUUUGUCGUCUAGGCUAGAGCUCCUUCAAAGCCAUCAGUAAUCGGCAGCUUUGAAAGUACAGACAGUUCAUACCGUUCACACACACACACAUAUAUAUAUAUAUAUAUAUAUAUAUGAACAGGAAAGUGGGCAUUCUAGAGAUUUAAUUGGGUAAAGGAAACUCCCUUGGGAACUGGAACUUUUGCGCAAAUUUUUGAGGGUGGCCCCCCAACUCUUCUUCAGACGGUGUACAGGAAAAAUUAACUUCUUAACUGGGUUCAACAAAAAAUUGGCCAACGUCUAUGCCAGCACAUGUUUAUCAAAUUUCGUCACUUUUGUGGGAUUGGUUGCGCCAGUUCGAAAUUUUCCUUAACGAUUUUGUUUGCGGCAUCUGGAUCGAUAUGCCGGUUGCAUGCCUCAUCUAAGCGCAUUGCUUCCAGGAAUUCGCGGCCUGUUCUUAUUGGGCAGGCGCCAACAGUACGGGUGUUCUCCCACCCAAAUUUGUGUCUAGUUUGUGCUUGACCAUCCGGGAUAGGUGGUCGCAUCUCUUCACCGCUAACUGAUGAUCAUGUACACGGAUUGAGACAUAUUUUCGAGUCUGGCUAUAGUAGACGGCAUCACAACUAGUACAUGGGAUUUUGUAGACAACACCUUUUCUACGGAAGUAGCCAACCCUGUCCUAAGAGUAUACAAGCUGUGUACGCAAGCUGGUUGUAGGUUCGUGUGUUCCCAACGAAUCUUACAUAUUUCAAAUUUCAUUUCUUAGAAUGCCCAUUUUCCAUUAUAUAUAUAUAUAUAUAUAUAUAUAUAGGCAGAAUAGCAUUACCGACAAAGCUGAUAAAGCGAAGAUGCGCGUCCCCGGACAUAAAUGAGAAGAAGAGACGAUCUCGGGAACCAUAAUUGUAUUGUCCUGACGUUUCAAAAUCAAACAAGAUUUCAUCGUCGGAGGUGAGUUUUGUACCACGCCUCACAGUAUUUAUAGGUGGUGAUGGUCUCCUUUCAACGGGUUUACCUCUCGUCGGGGGCCGGCGUUCGGGCGCUAGCCGUCAUCGCACGUGUUCGCAUGGAUCUUAGUUCUCGUCCUAGGCUGGCAAUCUUCUUUACGACCUCGUGACGGCCUGUGUUCUCACCUGCCGGAUGAGUGGCAGUGACACUGGCACCUUCUUCAGGUCCGUUUCUGUUACUGCGACCGUCCGUUCUCUCACCUGCCGGACAAGUGGGUGUCGCGACUGUUGUGACGAUCGCACCUUCGCCAGAUCCAAGUUGAAGUGCAGCUGCGUUUGUGUCCCCCGUGGGUCUUAGUUCUCGUCCUCGGCUGGCAAUCUUCUUUACGGCCCCGCGACAGCCUACGUUCUCACCUGCCGGAUGAGUGGCAGUGAAGCUGGCCCCUUCGUCGAGUCCGCUUAUGUUACUGCGAACGUCCGUUUUCUCACCGGCUGGACAAGUGGGUGUCGCGACUGUUGUGACGAUCGCACCUUCGUUAGAUCCAAGUUGAAGUGCAGCUGCGUUUGUGUCCCCCAUGGACCCGGCCGUAAUUGGGUUCCUUUCUCCUCGUAACCCGCGUUUAUUCGCCUGUUCUCUGAGCUGCGUCCGGAGGGCCUGGUAGGCUUCGGGAAGCGCUACACAGCGGUUGAUGGAGUUCGUGCUGGUGUGCCAGGCCUCAAUUAUUUCCCUGGUCACGCGAUCAUUUCCUCGGCCCAGGAUUUUGGCACUCUGGAAAGCGAAUGUGUGUCCAGAGUUUGCGCAGUGUUCUGCCACCAGGGAUAGCUGGUCCAUCCUCCUUACGGCCCUCAUGUGUUCUUUAACACGGGUCUGGAGUCGUUUACCGGUCUCCCCAAUAUAGUUCAUCUCGCAGGAGCUGCAUUGGAUCCGAUAAAUCACGUUUGUUGUUUCACCGGGUGGCAGCGGGGUCUUGGGUCUCAUUACCAGAUGCCGGAUUGUUGACUCUGGCCGAUGGGCAAUGCCGAUUCCCAGUGGCCUUAGGAGACGGGAGACCGCCUCAGAGACGCCGUCAGUGUAAGGAAGGGCUCGCCAGACUUUUGGUCUUUCUGUCACUGGGCUUCGGCUUGGCACAGGCCGCCUGUUGCGUUCUAUAAAAUUUCGAGGAUACCCGUUCGCCAUGAAGAGGCGCUGAAGGUGGCGUAGUUCCGACCUUUUGUCGUCUGGCUCGCUGCAGUGUGUGUCUGCCCUUUUGUAUAGUGUGCGUACACAGCUGCGUUUGUGGGACAACGGGUGCUUGCUGUGGUAGCUCAGGAUUUGGCGCGUAUUGGCGGCCUUCCUAUACACCGUUGUUUUCAGGUGUCCAUUUGGGUUCCGGUGAACCAGUACGUCUAGGAACGGUAGUUCGUUGUUGCUUUCGGCCUCCAUUGUGAAUUGAAUAUCAGGCGAAACCGAAUUGAGGACAUUGUGAAAGGUUUGAACCAUUUCCCGCUUGAUGAUGACAAAGGUAUCAUCAACAUAUCGAGCCCAAAAUUUUGGCCUGUAGGUCUCGAAGACUUCGGUCUCUACCUUCUGGAGAACUGCUUCUGCGAUGAAGCCUGAAAGCGGCGAUCCCAUCGGCGUCCCCUUGGUCUGUUCGUACACCCUCCCGUCGAAGGUGAAGAACGUCUUCAGGCAUAAUUUCAGCAGUUGAAUGAGAUGAGUCCGUUUUACACUUUCUUCCGUCUCGUCGUACUUGCAUUCGAGCAGUUCGCUAACCGUUUGGACUGCUAGGCAUUGCGGGAUCGAAGUGAAGAGAGCGGUGACAUCGAAUGACACCAUGACCUCGUCUUCGCUGAGUCGGAUGCCUUUGAGCCGUUCUAGGAAUUGAGCCGCUGAACAGACGGUCGUGGCUGCGUUCGAGGUGAGAGACCUCAGUUUUUUUCUCCACAGAUGCCUUGACAACCAUGUGCUUCCCAAGAGUCUGUCUUACAGGCCACCGGUGAACACAAGUCUGGCAAAACGGUGGGUGACUCAACAUGACAGACGAAUGAUUCGGGCACUCCUCCAAGACUGCCACCUUCGACUGCGCAAAUACAACGGGGUUAUACGCCAAGAGGUUGCAAAGUGCACGGACGUCAUCGGUGAAGACGGCGUCACACUGUUACAACAAGUCAUCGAUAAACGGGCUAGAGAGCUGCGGGCACACAGGGAUGCUGAGCUGGCCACUAAGCUUCGAAGUAUAAGCCACUCAUCUCCGGGAGAAGACGAAAUCCUUGUCCACAAUAUGUCCUCCAAACAGCUGACUCCUACACAAUUGAAAGUACUGAGUCAUGAAGCUUGCUUCAACACCGCAGACGCCGAUCCGUUCAAUCUCGUGGCCAUGGUCGAGUCGAUCCUCAAACAAACCGGGGAACCGGACGAGACAACGCAUCUCAUUCGGCAACAGGUUACCUCCUUGGUGAUGGCGCACAAACCACGUGCCAUUAUUACCAAAGCGGAGCAGAGCGCUCUCAAGGCACUUAGGAAUGAUCGGUCGUGUUACUGAACUCACCCGUCCCGUUGUGCCUUAGGGCUCUCGCUCUCGAGCCCAACCAGCAGCUGCAUAUUGGCGCGUAAUAUAGGAAGGCAGUUGCCGGUUGGUGUACUGUGUAUUUGAGAUUUUUUAGGUACCUUUCAACUACUUCAGAUACACUUCUUACAUAUGAGAGUGUUCGCCAGGUAAUUGGUUUUGGUGCCCGAAUGGCCAUAACAUUGGAAAUACCUUCCCUUUGAAUUGUUGGUGUCUCAUGCAUUGACGUACGAUGUCAUUCGGGUGCCCACUUUGGGAAAAUAGUUUGCGUAUGUAUUUCAUUUCUGCUAGAUAACGUUUCAUCAGAACAGUAAGUUUUGGCUCGAUUCAGAAGGCUGUAGACCGCACUUCGUUUGUAAGAGAUAGUGUGGUUACUCUUGAAAUGUAGGAUGACCUCUGAGUAUGCCUCUUUGCGAUAAACUGAUGUGUGAGGUGAUCCAUCAUUUGACCCAAUUGUGAAAAAUUUGGCGGCCUCGUCGAGUUUAGAACGCACGACAGCAAGGGCAAAGCCUAGUUACAGCCAACGCUCUAACCGCCUGAGCCACAAGGGCCUACCGGAAGCCUUGAGUAUAAUCAUAUUUGGCUCGAGUUAUCCGCCUAGCCUCCUCAACGUAUGGAAUCUGCCAAUUCUAAUUCAGUAAGCUGGCUGCUAAGGCAGGAUUUCCUAUGCAGUGAAUCUGGAAUCCACCAGAUGACUACUGGACUCACUUGAUUAAUCGAGAGAAGCUGAAGUACUUACAUGUCCCAUUUGAAGCCAACGGUUGUCCGACCUCCGUCAUAUGCAAAUGUCUCAGGAGGCCCCACUCUAGGCGGUCGUACGAGAAAAAAAAACAAAAGUUCGGGCUCUUGAUCCCCUACGCGAAGAACCUUUCAGAGGCUACGGCGAAAAUCUCGAAACCGUUUGGCAUUGGUACGGCUCAUAAACCAGAGUCAGCAACCGAACAGAACAGCACGAGGCCCAAAGACCCACUACCAGCAACAGACUAACCGACGGUGAUCUGCAGCAUACCACGCCCAAAAUUGCGAUGCAGGGUAUAUUUGUGAAACGGACAUACGCACUGGCACAAGAUUGUACAAACACCAGCAUGCAGUCACAAACUACCGCAGAACCACAGUUGCGCCCAUGAGAAAGCGAGCGUGAUCGCCCGUGCCAAUGCUAAGGUGGCCAGACUUAUGUUCGAAAUCUGGUCCUCGACUGACACACUUAACCGAGCCAUAGACCGGCAUCCCGUCUACCAGGCGCCACGCACAAAACUCGAGUCAGCUCGGACAGGGCCAAUAGAACGGGCGAAAGGAAUUGUGCAAGACCGGCAGCCAACGCCCUCUAAGGAUAGGGGAAGAGCCGAUGGGAAGUCGUGUGGCCGGCAUGACACAUUGUCUCGCCGACGCGCUCGCUACGGCGAAAGCAGUACGCAAGAACAGCAGCAACCAAUCAGUCCACCGGCUGACUAAGGGGGGGGGGGUAGGUAACAAGCACGCUGACUUAGCUGUAGAGGGGAUAAGUCACGCUUUCCCUCCAAUGGUUAACUUCGGAGAGGCCAAAACCAGCUAGCAACAAGCAGGUAGGCGAACGUACGGGCCUCAUGCACGGUUGUAAUGCGAGACAGGCGGCAUGGCUGAAUAAAUCAAGACCAGCAUGGUGAGUAACCGCACUCGGUGGUGAUUAAUGGCUAUCGUUGAGCGCUCCCCCACCAGUGUAGUUUACCCGAUCGCAGCCGACAGGAUAACCAGCAUGCGGCUCAAUGAUUAAGGCGUUGAAUUUCUUACUAACUGGUCGCGGAUUCAUGUCUCAGGUUUUGCAAAGUCUGGGUUCGGACGGAGCCGACGGCCAACAAGCUGGAAAUGGCCAUCCCAAUCUCUCUUGCCUUUGUCUGUAAUUUCAUGCGGCUUUUGGUUAUUGGGUCGAACGCUCUACCAUUGAUCCGCGGGCCUUUUGUUCUGUCGGUUGCGUUAGGGAAUGUUAACUGCUUAGGAGUUGCGUCGACCAAUCUGGUUACGGUACACGCUCGUCGCCUAAUCUACCUCAGUCUCGUUGGUUUCCCUCUGAAUAUACUAAUAUUCGCUAUGCGACUGUGAGUUUAAAAAUGUGUAUCCCGCCCAGCCUGGUCCAAACUAUGUUUACAGAUAUUAUUAUUUGGACACGGAGUUCAUCCCAUAGGAGGUGACUGCUCUAAAUCCUUAACUUACGUGAAACCGUGAAACCGGAUGUCAUGAGUUUGGGUUUUAGUUCAGUGUACAUAAAUUCUGUUAAUAGAACAUGGCCUUGUGUUUGGAUUACGUCAUGGACCAGAGCUUGUUGGGGAGAGAGCGAUGAAUAAUGGACCUCUGCAAGGUCUAUUUUGCUUUAGUAUUCCGUGCUUCAUGAAAAUGUAUUUUCUAGAUGUUCGCUCGGUCCUGCUUCGUUGCGAAUAAGAGGAAAUUUAACUCUCGUGUUUCAGGGACAUUUGUAUCUGCCUCGAUCCUGCAAGCGCCGGAAUCAUACUCAGCCUUUAACACUCAGUUCGGGCUUGGUUUUGACAUUGAGAAGUGA